GCCGUGAGUCAGCUUGGGCCACGCCUCACCGCACAAAACUUGAGCGGUCUCCCUCGCUUUUAACAGAGCAUUUCCCCCUAGUGCCACCCAUCCAACCAACCUUACAUUUGCUGUAUAGCCCUUAUCGCAUCUCAAACAUGGUCAAUCUCGUCACCUCCGAUAACGAGCAAUUCCAUGCCGAGAAAGAGGUUGUCGAGCGCAGCGUGCUGAUUAAAAACAUGCUUGAAGAUGUUGGCGAAAGCGAUCAGCCAAUCCCUUUGCCCAACGUGUCGUCCAGCGUGCUGAAGAAGGUUUUGGAGUACUGCGAGCACCAUCGUGGCGAACCUCUUCCAAGUGCAGAUGCUGAUCAAAACCAGGACGAGACUCGCAAGCGAACAACAGACAUCAGCGAAUGGGACCAGAAAUUCAUCACUGUUGAUCAGGAGAUGCUAUUCGAAAUUAUCCUGGCAGCUAACUAUCUUGACAUUAAGUCAUUGCUCGAUGUUGGUUGCAAGACUGUUGCAAACAUGAUCAAGGGUAAGACUCCAGAAGAGAUUCGAAAAUUGUUCAACAUCGUCAACGAUUUCACACCUGAGGAGGAGGCACAAAUCAAGAAGGAAAACGAAUGGGCUGAAGAUCGGUGAAGAAUUUAUGUCGUAGACCGUGACUAUAUCAGUAUCACUCUGCUAUUCCGCCACACGUUGGCGUUGUGUUUGUUAUCAGAAUUUUUCUUUUUCAUUGUGUAAUCUUCACGACACCAAUUGUCCCUUCGUCCCAUGCCAAAUGAUUAAUAAAUCAAUGUACAGCAC